GUGUGAGUGGCCCACGUGGGAGGCCGGGGGCUCGGCAGAGUCCCGUCGUAGCUGUGCCAGGGCUGGAGGGAGGUCAGCACCGUCGCUCCACAGCCGGGCAAAGCCCGUACCCGUGAUUACCUGUCUGAACAAUGGAGCAUCAGAUGGCUGACGUGUAGCCUUGAGUGGCCGCAGCUGUCACAGCAGUCAGGUGCAGCGUCUGCGCUCCCGCUGCUAAGUGUUUGGAAUCUGCACAAGUCAGCUCAAUGCUUUGGGGAGCCAUCUUUGCACAAAACAAGGGUCCUUUUUCCUACACAAAGUACCUCAUAUGCCGUUAGAACGUGGUAACAGCACACAGCAGCGAUCUGCAUCCCAACUCUAAGAGACUCACAGGGAGCUUGUUCAGCCGGGCUCCCGGUACCCAGCCCAGAGGAGCACUCUACGGGGGCAUGUGUCUAGGGGGGCCCAAGCAUCACCACGGUGCAGUUGCCAAGAAAGAGGGAGGGAACCCCCCGAUUUUAGGAAGAGGCUGGGGCGCGGCAUGAGGCCGUGUGCCGGCUCCGAGUCCGUCACAGAGGUUCCCCCUGCAGACCGGGCCCGGGACACCCAGACGGACGAGAUCGUGGCGCUGAAGAAAGUGCGCAUGGACAAGGAGAAGGACGGAGUCCCCAUCAGCAGCCUUCGAGAGAUCACACUGCUCCUGCGCCUUCGCCACCCCAAUAUCGUGGAGCUGAAGGAGGUGGUCGUGGGGAACCACCUGGAGAGCAUAUUCCUGGUGAUGGGUUACUGUGAGCAAGACCUGGCCAGCCUUCUGGAGAACAUGCCGACGCCCUUCUCAGAGGCCCAGGUCAAGUGCAUUGUGCUGCAGGUGCUCCGGGGCCUCCAGUACCUACACCAGAACUUCAUCAUCCACAGGGACCUGAAGGUCUCCAACUUGCUCAUGACCGAUAAGGGCUGUGUAAAGACAGCGGAUUUCGGCCUGGCCCGGGCCUAUGGCAUCCCAGUGAAGCCAAUGACCCCCAAGGUAGUCACUCUGUGGACCACUGGCACUCGGUACCGAGCCCCAGAACUGCUGCUGGGCACUGCCACGCAGACCACCAGCAUCGACAUGUGGGCCAUGGGCUGCGUCCUGGCUGAGCUGCUGGCCCACAAGCCCCUCCUCCCCGGCACUUCCGAGAUCCACCAGGUGGACCUGAUCGUGCAGCUGCUGGGGACGCCCAGCGAGAACAUCUGGCCGGGCUUCUCCCAGCUGCCGCUUGUUGGCCAGUACAGCCUGAGGAAGCAGCCGUACAACAACCUGAAGCACCGCUUCCCCUGGCUGUCGGAGGCCGGCCUGCGCCUGCUGCACCUGCUCUUCAUGUACGACCCGAAGAAAAGGGCAACGGCCGGGGACUGCCUGGAGAGCUCCUACUUCAAGGAGAAACCCCUGCCCUGCGAGCCGGAGCUCAUGCCCACCUUCCCCCACCAUCGGAAUAAGCGGGCUGCCCCGGCCACGUCGGAGAGCCAGAGCAAGCGCUGCAGGCCCUGAAGGCUUCUGGGACUCGGCUCGUCCCUUGUCUGGGACUGACCACGCUGCGUCCUGCCAUUUCUGCCCAUCGCUGCGCUGGAACAGCAGGGUGUGGGUGUGGGGUGACAGCUGGGUACACUCGGAAGGGCCUGGAUACUUGAGGCUGCUCCAUCCCAGGCUGUGGUGGCCAUGCUAGGUCCCGUCCGGUGCCACACUCACUGAAAUAUGUAGACCACUCAUGGCUAUUCGUGUCCUUGGUUGGCCACCAAGGUCUUUCUGGGGCAGGGAGAGCCUGUGGUGACUCCCUGGGCAGGGCUGGCAGGACCCAAGGUGAGGAGGGGUGUAGGGUACAGCCAGCCUGGCUGGGCUGGGUUAUGGUUCGUGCUGAUAGGAACUCAGAGAUAAAAGCUUUCUUGACACA